ACAUCGCCGCAGCGAUUUAUAUCUGGCUAAGGACUGCCACUCCAGCAAAACUCGCCGAAAACUUUUUGGGGAAUUUGUAUGCUGUUACAACAACAUCACAGUUCAAACUUUGUAAAAAGUCAUGCCAGAUCCCCGGGGAACCAUUUGGUGUGGUUAAAAUUAGCAUUUUGACACACAAAAUGAAAACUCGGGUUACGGCAAUCACGGUAUUUUUGUGCAGACCACUUGUACUCCCGCUACGCUGACCACAGUGUUUUUGCGCAGAGCUCACAAAUGUGCAUAUUUUAAAUCGAAUUCAAUGAUAAAUUAGUGACCGAAUAUUAUGAAAUUAGGUUUUAAUAAAGUUUAGAUCCUUGACUACAAGUGUAAAAUUGUUUUGAUCGGGUCAUCCAUUUGGAACAAUAGCCGAAAAUCAUUGGGCAAAUAACUAAACCGUACCCUAUAAAAUCCCAAGACUUAUUUUUACUUUAUAUAGAGAAUAUGCUAUGAAAGUGACUAAUAAUAAAGGAGUGGAGCCUGCUAUGGAAUGGUUGCUGGCACAUGCUGAUGAAGAUAUUCCAGUAGAAACUGCUCCAUCUGUGAUUGUUGAGGACAGCGGUACAGUGGGCGAAAAUACAGAUCCAUCAUCAUCGGCUGAUGUUGAAGCAAAGUCGUUGAAAUGCGAUGAUUGUGGAAAGCUAUGUAAAGAUCAAACGGAAGUAGAAUUUCAUGCUGCAAAGACUGGACAUAGUAACUUCUCAGAGUCGACGGAAGAAAAGAAACCACUUACUGAAGAGGAGAAAAAGGCACAACUUGCUUUGAUCGAGGAAAAAUUGAAACAAAAACGACGUGAACGUGAAGAACGUGAAAAGGCCGAGGCACUGGAAAGAGAGAAAAAUCGUAUCAAAUCGGGGAAAGAUAUGACUGAAGCACGGAAACGAAUGGAAGAGCUUGAAAUGAAAAAAAUAGUAGACCAACGUAAGCGUGAAAAAGCUGAGGAAAAAGCAGCAAGGGAACGUGUUCGGGCUCAAAUUGAAGCUGAUAAAGCUGCUCGCAAAGCUAGAGAGCAAAACCAAACUGAGCAACCUUCGUCAGUAACAACUUCCCCCACGCUGCCUGUUGCGGCAUCUACAACAAGUGUUCGACAAGCGAAUAGAGAUUAUACUCAAACUCGUUUACAAGUUCGCUUGCGUGAUGGAUCCACACUUACUGAAACAUUCAACGUAAAGGAACCACUGUCUGCUGUGCGAGUUUUUAUUCAAUUGAAAACAGGUGACGAAUCGCCUUUUAAUUUAAUUACGACAUUUCCUCGAAAAGUUUUCACAGGGGAGGAUUUUGAAAAACCUCUAGAUGUGCUCGGCCUGGUGCCUUCUGCGGUGCUUAUUAUGACUAAAUAAACGCAAUUCCUUGGUGGGGAAAAUUCAUAAAUAUUAACUUAAGUGUGAGUCGAUAUAAAUUUACUGGUGUAAUUCAUUGUAGCGUUUUAUAUUCAACUUUUUGUAGUAUUAGUGGAGUAUAUUUGGUCAAAUAAAAAGGCCAGUAUAAAAGCAAUACAA